AUGUUCCCAAUACGACGCGCCAAUUCGAAUUUGCGACUUACCUUUAACUCAUCAAUAAAUGAAUGUGUUCAUCUUUCAGCUAGAGUUCAAUUUUGUGCUAGUGUCCUCUAUCCUUCUUUCAUCUUAUUUGAAGUUACAGACAGAUAUCCUAACACCUUAACUUUCAUCUGGUUGCAGAUAUGGGUUUAUGGGAACAGCUUCGAGUCAUUUCUUGUUGCUGUGGUUGUUCCAGACAGAAAGGCCUUGGAAGACUGGGCUACUGAGCAUAAUUUGACCGAUGAUUACAAAUCAUUGUGUCAAAACCUGAAGGCAAGGAAAUAUAUAUGCGAUGAGCUCAAUAGUACGGGUCAGAAACAGCAAGGUUUGAGUUGUUAAAAGCAGUUCAUUUGGAACCAAGGCCCAGUUUGAGACAGCUGUGCUGUGAGAAGAAUUGCUUCCGGAACUGCUGUAAGAAGAAUUGCUUCUAGAAUUACUGUAAGAGGAAUUAGCUGAGAUGUUUA